GAAUUGGUCGUCUGCUGUUUGAACUGACCCCAAAAACAGCGAUCUUUGAUCAGUUCAAAAACAAUUGCCAAAGCAUUGUAUACAGUAAUUCUAUGUAAUAAAUAUAUUGAUAGCACAUAAAAAUGGAGUCGAUCGCAAAAUUUAUAAUUGCUCCCGGUGGAAUUGAAAAAACAGCCAGACUUUUAUCUUUUGGUUGUCUUGGGUUGGCAGGAAGUUGCAAACCAGGCAGCUUAUCUCAACAAAAGUUUGGGAUAUUUGCCAAACAAUUGUCAUCCGCGAGAUGUACAUUCAGAUUGUUUUUGGAUUUGCCAGUUCUACUUAAAACUCUCAGAUAUGGUUUAGGAAAACAUGAGAAAGAUCCAAUUAUUCGUAUGUUGGAUCUGAUAGCAAAUUUAGCAGACCAGUUGUUCUUUCCACUGGAGCAUAUUGCUUGGGCGAGCGACUGUGGUUUAAUUAAGAUACCAUCAGCCAAAUUUUGGGCAACUUCAAUAGGAUGUUGGGCCGUAUCUCUUUUAUCUGGCAUACUUAAAUGCUUUAGACAAAUAUCAAAAUUGACAUUAUCGGAAAGAGCUCUACAUCAGCAAUUUAAAUUAACAGGAAAUGAUAUAAGCGAUCAACUAAAUGAAAUUAGAUUUAACAAAAACCUUUCCCUGAUUACUAUUGCUAAGAAUUUAGCUGACUUAAUAAAUGCUAUUCAUUGGUUGCCUGCUAAUCCUUACUUAUGGUCUGGAAAAUUACCAAUGAAAUAUGUCGGUAUAUUUGGAGUAAUUUCAACAGUUUUGGGUAUUUUAUUGGCUAAAUAUCAAGCGCAACCACCGAAACCUAAAAAAGCAGACUAA